AUGUAUGCAGACGGGCCUAUCGCGGGACAUCCGACAGAGGCGCUGGUCGGUGGGCAAAAUGGCUACCCUGCCAUUCCCACGUCAGCGGCCCACAUUGCGGAGCAGAUGGAGAGCGGCGGCGCGCGCGUCGAGGAGACGCUCGUGCGCCUGAACUGCAAGUAUCAAACUCUCUUCUUCUGCGCUGGAAUGGCUGCAGUCACAGCUGGCUUCAUCGGCGCUCUCACGUCCCUCUUGACUCUUCAGCUCGCCUGCCUGGUGAAUUCCACCUUCCUCCUGGUCUUCGGCUUUGUGAUGAUGCUUUUGGACGUUCCCGGUGCACCUCGAUGGGCAGGACGGUACCGGUCGUCCAUCCGCAAAUAUUUCCGGUUCCUCACCCGCCUCACUGGCAAGGCUCUCUGGCUCCUGUUCUUGGGCAGCAUGACUGCCGUCACCCUGUGGCCAUCGAAUCGCGGGGCUCACGCCCUUCUCUUCUUCACCAUCUGCCUCAGCUUCUUCGUCUCGUCAGUCGCUAUCGUCGGCUUGUUGAUUGCCAUCAGGAAGUCUCUGCGACUGGAGAAGGUACGCAAAGCCAUUUUGAUGAGCUGCAAGGGCGCGUACAUCGACGUUUACCGAAAGUAUGCCAUGACCGACCCUCAGCACGGCAUGCAGUUCGAGGAAUUCAAUCGCCUCUGCGCAGACGUGACCGGCGGACGCCUCCAGUUCGACAUCACUGAUCUUGGCAUCAUCUACAACGCACUGGACGACCACCAAAAAUCUGCAAUCAACGAGCGCGAAUUCUCCGAAUGGAUGACAGGUUAG